AUGGAGGCAUUGACCAAAAGAGUUGAACAAUUGAUGACUUCACAGUUAAAUUUUACUCCUCAUUCGACUAAUGCUCAAGGCUUUGAAGUGUGUUGUUUCUGUUCCAGCCCAUCUCACCAUGUGUCCAUUUGUCCAAAUGUAGCUCAAUAUUCAGAAAUUCCACAAAAGCAAGUUAAUGCUACCUAUGGAAGGCCCGGAGUGGCUAAUCCAAGAGGUGUGCAUAUAAUUGAUGACAUUACUGGCCAAGAGGUUCACCAUGAACAAGUGCAAGGAACUACUGCUCUAAGAAGUGGUAAGAGAGUUGAAAACAAGGUGGAAGAAGAAGAAGCAAAGAAUGAUGAAAAUUGGAAGAAAAGAGUUGAAGAAAAGAAGGAGCGUAAUAAAGAAGCACAAGAAACACCUCCAACUACUAGGCCAUCUCCUGAGUCAAUGCAUGCAAUUGUGCCAUUCCCUCGAAAACUACAAGCAACAUCAAAGAUGGGGGAGCAACAAAUUCCAGCUUACGCCAAAUUUUUGAAAGAUAUAUGUACUCAGAAGAGGCGUUUAAAUAGUCAAACUCCCAAGAAGGUACUACUAACUGAGCAAACGAGUUCCAUAAUCCAGCACUGCAAUGCUCCAAAAUUCAAGGAUCCAGGUGCUCCAACAAUUUUAUGUACAAUAGGGAACCAUCAAGUGGAUCGAGCUCUUCUAGAUUUGGGUGCAAGUAUAAACCUUCUUCCUUAUUCGGUUUACUUGCAACUUAGAUUGGGAGAAUUGAAGUCUACCUCAAUUAUUAUCCAAUUGGCAGAUAGGUCAACUAAGCAACCUCAUGGGAUCAUCGAAGAAGUGAUCAUCAAAGUAGAUAAAUUCUACUUCCCGAUGGAUUUUAUUGUGCUAGAUACUAAGCCAGUUCCAGAGCCAAGGAGGCACAUUCCAGUAAUCUUUGGUCGUUCUUUCCUUGCAAAAGCAAAUGCAAGCAUAAAUUAUAGGACUGGCAUCAUGGACUUAUCUUUUGGCAAUAUGAAGGUUCGCUUAAAUAUUUUCAAUGCCAUUCAAUUCCCUUCAGACAAUAGUGAUUGCUUUCUUGUCUAUGCCAUCGACGAAUGUGUUGAAGAGGUGGCUCCAUUUGCCUUAACAUAA